AUGAUCCCCAGAGACAUUUCCAACUUUGAGUUUUUGUGUGUAAUAGGAAAGGGCACCUAUGGCAUCGUUUACAAGGCGCUCGACAAGGACGAAAACCAACUUGUAGCCAUAAAAAAAAUAAUUAACUUGUGCGAUGAAAACUAUGGCAUAAGCAAAAGCAUCCUGCGUGAGUUAACCAUCCUUCAGAAAAUUCGGCACAAAAAUAUUAUAAACCUGAAGUACGUUUUUUAUGGAAGAGAUGUAGAGGAAAAACUCAAAGGAGAAAAUUUAGAGAACUCCUGUUUAUACCUAGUAUUCGAGUACUGCGACAUCGACCUGCUCAAUUUAAUGAAGAAGUACAACAUGGACAUCCGGGAAGCCAAGUACGUAAUUUUUGAGCUUCUCCUGGCGACCUCCUACUUGCAUGGAAAGAACUACCUACACAGGGACAUAAAACCGGAAAACAUAUUUAUAAACUCCUGUGGGGAAAUUAAGUUGGGGGACUUGGGACUGUCUGUUGAAAGAACUGAAAAUAUGACUCCCACUGUGGUGACCCGCUGGUACAGAUCGCCGGAAAUUUUACUUCAGUCGAAGAAUUACGACCACAAGGUGGACAUAUGGAGCUUGGGUUGUCUUUUCGUGGAGUUGAUAACGGGCAGGCCAUUAUUCCCCGGGAAGAAUGACGAAUCACAGCUGGAUCUGAUUUAUUUGGUUCUUGGCGAUAAGAGCAAAUUGUCCGUUGGGGACGAAGACCGGCAUAGGAUGUUUCCCUAUUUUGAGAAGAAUGAACUAAAAAACAUAAUUCGAGACGAAGUCACCGCCGACUUAAUUUCUAAAAUGCUGAUUUAUGACCCGGCCUACCGCAUAUCUUCAAAAGAAGCCCUAAAGCACCCCUGCUUUAACGACAUUGCACAGAUAAAGCCUUCUAGCAUUCUUUAA